AAAGUCACCAGACUAUCUAAACGCAUUGACAAAGAAAGAGAGAAGAAAGAGAGACAAAGAAAGGAAGAAUGAUCAAGUUGAGAUCAAAGAAGCUCUUCAAGAGAAGCUCUAAAUUGAGCAGCAGUUCGAGCAGCGUUGUCACUGGAGGCUGUGGUGGUGGUGUCAACAUUGAGUGGGAGAUGCGGCCUGGGGGCAUGCUGGUUCAGAAGAGAGAGGGAGGAAAGGGUGAUGAGGAGGUGAUCACUGUUAGAGUCUCCACUGGGUCAUAUUGGCAUGACAUCUCCAUUGGAGCCACCUCCACAUUUGGAGAGAUGAAGAUGGUUGUGUCCAUGGUGACAGGGCUGGAGCCCAGAGAGCAGAGGCUUUUGUUCAGGGGAAAGGAGAGGGAGGAUGGAGAUCAUCUCCACAUGGUGGGAGUCAGGGACAGGGACAAGGUGCUGCUGUUAGAGGAUCCUGCCAUCAAGGAAAUGAAGCUGCAAGCAAUGUCAGGAAACCAAGUCAUGGGGAGCCCUUGCCAUGCCAUUAUAGAGGUGUAGGCCAUGGGGUUGUGUCUUUGUUGCCUUUUGAACUAACUUCUUGAGAAGGUGCAGGGCCAAAGUUUAUGCUGCCUCUGCAAGAGAUAACUAGUCUGCUUCUAAAUGUAGUGUGAUCUUGAGUUAUAUGUAAAGCUGAUCUCAAGUGGAGAUGUUUCAGAGUUGCAUUCCAUAAAUUAUGGUGUAAUGGAAUGAAAACCUGACUUGCUUAUGUCCAAGUAUCAACAUGUAGUUUUAUGUAAAUUUGAUUUCAUGUGGAGAUGCUUAAUACUUUCUCCUAGAAAAAUGUAAGUUAUUUGAUGAUUUUUA